AAUGUUUGAUGUGGUUAUCUUGCUUCAUUCUUGAGACAGUAACGGAAAAAGUGGGAAAGGGUUCUUCAAAAUAAGAGCAUGAUUUGCAAUUAGAACUUAGGAAACAACUAUUGGAAACGCGUCAUUGAGAAAAUGAGUUCAACAAACAAAUAAUCACUAAUUUUACACCCGGGGGCGUGACGUCAACAUUUACAACCAACCAACGCGCUCCUUCAGACACCUCUUUUGGUAAUCCGCUUUCACAAGAUGAGCUGUCCGUUCAGCACCACUGUGCGCGCUCUCUGCGCCUGAAAUAGUCUUAUUAGUGCAAGACACAUUAACGGGCUUAGAGUGACAGACUCACACUUGAUUGGAUUUUCUGCGUUUUGCUCCAUGGCGCUACUUUCUGGAAAGAGUUAAGAUCGCGUUAUUGUUUUAUAUUUUGACUGACAGGUUGGGCUUUUACGCGUAACAGGGAGCAGUCCACACCAGAGCCGAGAGUUUAGGUUUUGUUUGUGCGCAACGAUCACCAGAAGCGAAAUGUUUUACCUCUUGUUCGGACUGUUGUGCUUUUGCGCCAUGGAGCGCGUCAAACUGACCAGAGGCCAGGAAGACGACGGAAAGCGCUACAUCUGUCGCGCGGUCGCCAUGAGCGGGGACGCCAGCUGUCCGGUGACACUACUACCCGAUCUGAGCGUCGGUGGUCAGGAAGAGGAGCUCAGAAACACCGUCAUGCAGCUCCGAGAGACCAUAUCACAGCAGAAGGAAACCAUCUCCAAGCAGCUGGGCACCAUCAACGAGCUGACCACAAAGCUGUCCCUUUGCGCAUCAGCCACAAACGAAAUGAAGUACGGCAGAGGGGGGUCAUGGGGGAAAGACAAGCAAAACACAAUGGGAGAUGUUCCGAGAGAUCCGAAUGACUCCAUAGAGAAUUUAGGAAAAACCAUGCAGGGGCUCAAGGACCGGCUGGAGAACUUGGAGCAACAGCAAAUGAGGGCCAACAUAUCCGGUGCCUCGUUUCCAAGUGAGCUCCGGGAUCUGCUGCAGCGUCGGCUGGGGGAGCUGGAGAAGCAGCUCCUGAAGAAAGUCAGUAGCCUGGAGCAGGAGAAGAGCAUGCUGUCCAACGCCACGGCGGCCUACAGGCUGAAAACAGAGAGCGCUCUGAACGCCCUGGUGGAGAGGAUCAGUGAGCUGGAGAAAGGAGGGGACUUCAAGUCCCCAGAGCAGUUUAAGUUGUGCCUCCCUCAGAGGACCAACUACCUGUACGGCCGGUUCACCAAAAGCCUCCCAGAGAUGUACGCCUUUACCAUCUGCAUGUGGAUCAGGUCCAGCUCCAGCCCUGGCAUCGGGACGCCAUUCUCAUACGGAGUGCCGGGUCAAGCAAAUGAGAUUGUUCUGAUAGAAUGGGGAAACAACCCAAUCGAGCUGCUCAUUAAUGACAAGGUCGCUCAGCUGCCGUUGGAGGUGCGUGAUGGAAAGUGGCACCAUAUCUGCAUCUGCUGGAGCACUAGGGACGGCCAGUGGGAGGCUUAUCAAGAUGGGGAGAGGCUGGGAGCAGGGGACAACCUUGCAGCCUGGCACCCUAUCAAACCUGGAGGGGUCAUCAUCCUGGGGCAGGAGCAGGAUGUGGUGGGUGGGCGCUUCGAUGCUGGACAGGCUUUCGUGGGGGAACUGAGUCAGGUGAACAUUUGGGAUCGGAUCCUGAAGCCCACUGAGAUCCAGUCCAUGGCAAACUGCAGCUCCUACAUCCCGGGGAAUGUGAUCUCCUGGCUGGCGAGCAACGUGGAAAUUUUUGGAAGAGGAGCGGCCAAACGGCCCUUGGAAAUCUGUCGGGAGCGUGUCCCCAAUGCCUAGAUCUCUGUCAUCUGUCUGCCUCAAAGUUUGUUUGCUGGUUUUUCCAAAAUCCUUUCAGGAUUUUCCAGAAUCGAUCGCUUUCACAUUGUUUUAUGGAUUUAAUUUCACAGUGUGGCAACAUUGUUGCUUUGUUUCGCUUCCGGUAAAAUCCUGAUUUUAUUUGAGACCAGGUGGAAAAUUUUAGUGGAAACAUGAGGCACCAAAACUUGUACACAAGCAAAAUGGUUGGAACUAUUGACUUUGUAUGAGAAUCGGAUUGAGGGACCCCUUCCCCCCCUGCAUUCCAAACAGGAAGUGACUCCGGGCACAAAGAAGCCAAAAUCACCUAGACUUCUAUAGAGAGAUAAACAGCUAUUAUUACUCAGUUAUUCUCCCGAGCCUGCAUAUAAGUGGUAGGGGUGUGGCCUUCGAACAACUUCACUUAUGAUUGGUGAGAGUGGUUGCCAUUGAAACGAUGAUCCAGACCGAUUCGGACCAAUCACCGCUUUCUGUAUGGCGUUUCAUGGCUCCAACAUGGCGGCCUUCAGAAUUAGAAAAAAUGGCGAGUGAAUUGAUCUCAGUUCAUUGGAGCUGGAAGUAAGAUAUUUUCAAUGGUCCAGGUCUCAUGAACAGCGAGUGGUUGGAACACACCUAAGUGCAAAUUUUGAAUCAGAAGCCGAGCGUAAUCGCUGAAGGGUCCUAAAUCAUCCCUGUUAAGCCCACUACAUCAAAGAAUUGACCGGAAAAAUCAAUAUUUUUGGUAUUAAGAUGCUUUAUAAACUUUGAUUAAAUCCACAAAACUAAUUCUGCAAUUUAGAUUGAAUGAGAUAUUAAUAGUAUCAAUUAUGGUACAUUAAGGGAUUUGAUAUGUUUUCGUUCACAAGUUUAAAAUAUUAAUUAUCAACUAAUUUAGCAGUUUUUUCAAUACAGAAAUUUGUCAUUUAAAAAAAAGUUAUUUUCACCAUAAAGUUCCCAAAAAUUGAGCAAAACGUUUCCCGGCAAAAGUGUUUUUGAGUUUUUUUGAAAGCAGCCAUUUUGGAAUGAGCAGGACAAGCCCUUCUACUGCCUCUAGUGGAGUAAUGAUGAACUACAGGGCAGAAAACAUUGACCAAGUCACACACAAUAGUUUUUAAGGUCAUUUUUGAUCAUGGUUUUGAAAUGAGGGUGUCAGAAGUGUGGGUAUCAAAGUACGAAUGAUUAUAUAGAGUUACAGGUGUUUUCCUGCUCUAAAACAUAAAAAUGUCUCAUUCUGUGGUUUUAAAAAAAGUAAAAACAGAAAAAAUACAAAUCGGUGCCGUUUUUUUGAGAUGCUUGCUUGCAGUAUAUCUAAAAAUUACAUCUGAUUUAGUGCAACAGCUUGCAUAGCAAAUAUGAGUGACAAGAAAGUUCUGCCUUCUGGCCUUUUUUUUUCCAAUUAUUUCAAAUCCAGAAUAAAUAAAAUAGAUUUAUUGCUUUUAUUACGUGCAACAUUGCUCUUUGUGAGGGUGCUGUGUGUUGUCAAACAUUCAGAAACAGAUUCAUGUUAAAACAGGUAAUUUCAGUUGAACGUUUUUUGUGUUUUUUAGUGCAGUCCCUGUCCAGUGGCCUUUCUGUAAGUGCUAUUAAAUGUCUUUUUUUCCAGGUUUUUGACAUGGAUUUGUUUUGGAUGAAAUAAACAGAAUAACUGUUGCAAAA